UUAUAACAUAUUUAGUUAUAUUUUUUGCUUACAGAUGCGUGAGUUCACAGAACAGUCGGGGCCUCAGCUGGAGGGCAAGGUGGACCGGGCGACAGGCACACCACUGGACUACUUUUUCAUCCUCUUUCCACUGGCUCUGCUCCAGCUGCUUGUUGUUCAUACCAACGCCUACGCAACCUUCUGCAUGGCAAGGGAUGGUCCGGACAGCUCCUGGGCUGAAGUCACAGAGACAGAGAUGCGGGCCUUCCUCGGCAUCAACAUUCUGAUGGGGAUUGUGCAGAUGCUGACGACAGAUAUGUACUGGUCCAGCGACAUGUUUUUUGGACUGCGAGGAGUGCAGAUGACCAUGACACGGAACCGGUACUGCAAGAUCCUCCAGUACUUUCACGCAUCAGACCGGAGCCUUGAGCCACCCAGAGGAUCUGACACUUAUGACCGGCUCUUCAAGAUCCGCCAGGUGAUAGAAACUCUGCUUCAGACAUUCAGGAACUCAUAUGUAUUGUCUAGAGAUGUGGCAGUGGAUGAAGCGAUGAUCGGAUACACGGGACGCUUAUCCUUUCGACAAUAUAUGUCUGCGAAACCAAUCAAGCAUGGUAUCAAGUGUUGGAUGCUGUGCGAUUCCCGAUCAGGAUACCUUGCCAAUUUUGAAGUUUACCUGGGACGUGACGGUAGCAAUGUGGAGCAUGGACUGGCAUACAAUGUUGUAAUGAGACUCACACGAUUUAUAAGGAAUACAUUCAGAUGGGUCUUUUUUGACAAUUUCUUUACUGGACUUCCUCUGGUGAAAUCCCUUCUCCAAAAUGGAUUGUAUUCAUGUGGCACAGUGAGGUGCAAUCGGAAGGGAUUUCCCCAACAGCUGAAGAAGCCAGCAGCUCUUCGGCAAAGAGGUGACUCACAAGUCCUGCAGCUUGGGGACAGCAAUAUCACGGCCUCUGUCUGGAUGGAUCGCAAGCCCGUACACCAUUUCUCCAGCCUUAGUGAUCCCACCGAGAUUUGUGACGCAACCCGUCAAUCUGGCCAGAACAUCCUCCAUCUACAACAGCCCCACUCAGUUUCAGCAUACAACAGGUCUAUGGGAGGGGUUGAUCUGCAUGACCAGCUGCGUGCCAAGUACCCAUCAGGCCGGAAUUCGAAGAAAUGGUGGCGGUACCUCUUCUGGUUUUUACUGGAUUCGGCUAUUGUAAAUAGCUACGUCCUCUACAAGGAGUGGUCCACCAGGGAAACCAAGAAGAGGAGGUACACCCAUCUUGACUUCCGGAGGGAGCUUUUGAAGGAGCUUAUUGGAGGCUACCGGAAGCGCAAGCACAGCGAUAGGGAUGAUGCUGUGGACAGGCCAGCGUUGAUGCCCGUAGAGAACAUCAUAGGUUACAAGAAUGUUCGGCUCAAUGCGAAGCGUACAACAUGCAAGUACCACAAAACCAGGGUUGGGCACCGCAGUGACACUGUAUAUGGGUGCGAAGUUUGCAAUGUCCACCUGUGUAAGGAGUGCCACGUGGCCUAUCAUCAGGCAGUGUAAAUAUAUGUGUGUAAAUGUGUAGCAGUGUAAAUAUGUAAUAUAUGUAAAUAUAUGUGUGAGUUAUGUAAAUAGUGUAAUGCCACAUGGCCUAUCAUCAGGCAGUGUAAAUAUAUGUGUAUAUGUGUAGCAGUGUAAAUAUGUAAAUAUAUGUGUGAGUUAUGUAAAUAGUGUAAUUUGUAUGUUUUCAUUAUUGAGAUCUUGCAUUUUUCAUUUCGUUGUAAGAUUUCAUACUUA